GGAACGGCGUGCGUUAUGAGCGGGCAGCCACUGGACACCGUCAAAGUGAAGAUGCAAACGUUCCCUGGCAUGUACCGAGGCUUCGUUCACUGCUUGCUAUCCACCUUCAGACAAGUGGGGGUGCGCGGCCUCUACAAGGGCACCACCCCGGCGCUGCUCGCCAACGUCUGCGAGAACUCGGUGCUCUUUCUUAGCUACGGCUUCUGCCAAGACGUGGUCCGAUAUUUGGCUGCCGUGGAGGCAGGCCGAGGACUCAGCGAUUUUCAGAAAGCCUCCUCCGGUUCUUUGGCCUCUAUCUUCUCCUCGUUGGUGCUGUGCCCCACCGAGCUGGUCAAAUGUCGCCUGCAGGCCAUGUAUGAGAUGGAAGCGUCCGGCAAGAUCACGCGAGGACAGCAAAAGGUUUGGUCGGUGGUGAAGUCAGUGAUGGAGACCGACGGUCCGCUGGGUUUCUACCAAGGACUGACGUCCUCCCUCUUGAGGGAGUUUCCGGGCUACUUCUGUUUCUUCGGCGGUUACGAAUUUAGCCGCUCCACCUUCGCUCGUUACAUGGGGACGGACAAGGAGGGCAUCGGAACGGCGGCGCUGAUGUUCAGCGGCGGUUUCGGCGGCGCUUGCCUCUGGCUCUUGAUCUACCCCAUCGACUGCGUCAAGUCCAGAAUCCAAGUCUACUCCUUAGCCGGGAGGCAGGAGGGCUUCCUGAAGACCUUCCUGGGGAUCGUACGCAAUGAGGGCUUUCGCACGCUUUACUCGGGCCUCACCCCUACCAUGAUUCGGACUUUCCCUGCCAAUGGCGCCCUCUUCUGGGCUUACGAGUUCACGCGGAAGUUCAUGAUGGAGGCGGCGGGCGCCUGA